AUAAGUGGCCCAAAAUCAGUCACUGAACAUUACAAAAUUAACUCCAGGAUGAAGCUCGUUAUCCUUACUUUGGUGGCAAUUUUUGUCGCAUUCUCAGAAAGCAAAGAUAAAGGACAGGGAGGUGGUAGCGCAGAUAACGUAAUAGAUGCUGUAAAAUAUUUUGGUGUAUCGGAAAAAGAAUUCAACAGUUGUGCACAAGACGAUAAGAGUAUGGCAAAUACAGCGGAUAAACUUACAGCUUAUUCAAAUGCUUAUGCAAAAAAUCAACUGGGAGGUGAUAAAUUAAAAACUUCCGUAAGAGAAAUCUUAAAGGCUUCAUUAUUCUGCAAGUCAGAAGCUGAUAUAGAUGCUAAACUGAAGACUUAUAUGGAGGAUCACCAGGAAAAGAAAGAAAACGGAAACAAACAAAAAGAGGAAGGUAAAGAAAAGAAAGGAAGUGAUUAAAGAGAAAUGAUAAAGAAAAUGGCCAGUAAAUAAAUGGAUAAUGCGCAUAUGACGACUUCUAAUCUGCCUGCAAACUAAUUAUAAUCUAUUGU